GUUUGGGUUUAGGAGAGGAUGUGACUGCGAAGCCAGGAAGCUACGGGGAAAGUUCUGAAUAAAACACACAAACAAAAGCCAGGUCCUCACCGUGCUUGGCAAUGCGUCCGGGGCAGCCGUGGUGCUUUGGACUGGGCCGGGGGCCCAGCUGAGCAAAGAGUUUGCUCCAAAGCACAAGUCAGUGCCCUCAGUGACCGACCUCCCCGACUCAGGAGGAAAGAGCUGGAACCAGCCUCCGACCCGUCCUGGAGCCCUGACUGACCUGAUACAAGGACAGAGAGUGAGUUUUGCCCAGCCCUUGGGGGACCAGUCUGCUCGGCCAAGGAGCCCCGUGGAGCCGUGGGUGGCCCCAGUACCCAGCCUGCCCCGAGGAGGCCCCGGCCAGACCAUGGCAGGAGUCUGCAACAGGGCCCCUGACUUCCUCUCCCCAUCUGGACACCAGGCGCUGGGGUCUGCCCUAGGCAGUGCGGUCACUCUGAACUGCACCGCCUCGGUGGUCUCUGGGCCCCACUGCCCCCUGCCCUCAGUCCAGUGGCUGAAAGAUGGGCUGCUGCUGGGCAGUGGAAGACACCAUGCCCUCCACGAGGACUCCUGGGUCAAGGCCAACUUGUCAGAGGUGCUUGUGUCCAGUGUCCUGGGGGUCAACCUGACCAGUGCGGAGGACUUUGGGACCUUCACCUGCUCCAUCCAGAACGUCAGCUCCUCCUCCUUUACUCUUUGGAGAGCUGGCCCAGCUGGACAUGUGGCUGCGGUGCUGGCUUCACUCCUAGUCCUGCUGGUCCUGCUCCUGACAGCUCUGCUGUAUGUGAAGUGUCGACUCAAUGUAUUGCUCUGGUACCAAGACACGUACGGGGAGGUGGAGAUGAACGAUGGGAAGCUCUACGACGCCUACAUCUCCUACAGCGACAGCCCCGAGGACCGGAAGUUCGUGAACUUCAUCCUGAAGCCGCAGCUGGAGCGGCGUCGGGGUUACAAGCUCUUCCUGGAUGAUCGCGACCUCCUGCCGCGCGCGGAGCCGUCCGCCGACCUCCUGGUGAACCUGAGCCGCUGCCGGCGCCUCGUCGUGGUGCUGUCGGACGCCUUCCUGGGCCGGGCCUGGUGCAGCCACAGCUUCCGGUGGGUCCCGCGCGGGGUUGGGUGGGCCCCAGCCGCGCCCCCCCUGACGUCCCUCCCCCGCAGGGAGGGCCUGUGCCGACUGCUGGAGCUCACGCGUAAACCCAUCUUCAUCACCUUCGAGGGCCAGCGGCGAGACCCGGCGCACCCCGCGCUUCGCCUGCUGCGCCAGCACCGCCAUCUGGUGACCCUGCUGCUCUGGAGGCCCGGCUCCGUGAUGCCUUCCUCCGAUUUUUGGAAAGAGCUACAGCUGGCACUGCCGCGGAAGGUGCAGUACAGAGCGAUGGAGGGAGACCCCCAGACCCGGCUGCAGGAUGACAAAGACCCCAUGCUGAUUGUGGGAAGCCGGGUCCCGGAAGGUCGGAGCCUGGACCCAGAGCUGGACCCUGACCCCGAGGGGGACCUGGGUGUACGAGGACCUGUCUUUGGGGAGCCAUCAGCUCCACCGCACGCAAGUGGGGUCUCACUUGGAGAAGGCCGCGGCAGUGAGGUGGAUAUCUCGGAUCUCGGCUCCAGAAACUACAGUGCCCGCACGGACUUCUACUGUCUGGUGUCAGAGGAAGACGUGUAGUCCGGGCUGGAGCAGCAGGACCACCAGGGACAGCUAGGGGCAGGGCAGGGUGGCUUUUUCCCCUAGUUUAGCAGGACCACGAGCCCCAUCUACCUGUGGCCCUGGGACCUCGGGGAAAGGGAGUGACUCCAGUCUUGUGCCACAAAUAAAGUCCUUUUGAAUCUUA